AUCAGAACUUGUUUGCCCAGUUUUUGACGAUUCUUGUUUUGAAAAAAAAAAACUAAAUUUGAAUUUAUUUACGUUUCACAUUCCAUUCUGUGUGGAUCGAUGAAGAUACAAUUGGAAUUUUUGGAGUUUUUUGGCAUAAAAUUCCUGCUUUGAACGGUUUUGUGGCAAAUUUAUCGAAUAAUUCUAGUUUUUUUAAAUUAGUAAAAUUAAGUUUGAGGAAAAAGAUUUAAAAGAAAUAAAAGAAAUUGAGUGAAAAGUAUGAACAGUGAGAAAAUAUUCCAAGGAUCAAUGGAUUUAAGUGACGAUGAGCCUAAAAUGGAUGUUACCGGAUUACUCCGCCAAGAAUCAACAGUAACAACAAACUGGCAAACUAGCGAACCAACUCCAUACUAUGUGGUCAGCAUAGAAGAUACAAAAGUCAUACCAACAAUCACGAUAGAACACGAGAAAGCAAGCAUGGAUAAUGACAAUGAUGAUACAGUAGACAGUUCUGAAUAUAAAGUAUUGAAUGUAGGAUCCGAAAAUGAGCAUGAAAGCACAGUUAUUGAUAUUUCUGGAUUAGCUCAGGAUUUACUUACUAAGCCUUUAAUAUCAAAAGUCUAUAAACAGAACGAAUGGACAAUCAGCUGUGAUGAAGUCAGUGAUGCUUUCGACUUCCUUAAAACAUUCAACAUCGAUGAAGAAAUUGACAGUCUUAAUGAUAUCACUUUAAUCAAGUUUGAAGUGAAAGAAAACUUUGAAACUUUAAAUACUCGUGAAAUUCAGCAAAUGAGCAAGCAGUUCAGCUUUCUGUCAACAAUCAUCAGCUUCAUAUCAAAAGAAAGUGGAAAGUUCAAUGUUUAUUGGAAGCCUAAAUACAUUCAGCACUUCUUGUCGAUGAGGUCUUAUGAUGGCUUGUCAAUUGAGGAUGGUGAGCAGUUGAUUAAGUUUGUUGAGGAGUUCUUCAUGGAGUCGCUGAAAAAGGGGCACUUGGGUGUCCUUAAUACCCAUUCUCACAUUAUAGAACCAAACCAACUCACAAUUUAUCAUCUGAUUGAUCAACGUGGUUACAGUUUACUCUUGUUAGCUGCUGAAUCAGGAGACAUAAAUCUCACAAAAAUUCUUCUCAAAUUAGGUGUCAAAUCCGACUCAACGAACACAAAUGCUCAAACUUUAGCUUACGAAGGAGGUCACUUUGACAUACUUUUGUUACUUCUUGAAGGCAAUUUGACAUAUCCAUCAACUUUUGAUAUUGAAAAGUGCCCUGAAAAUAUCAAAAGUUUCCAUAAAGUCACUGAAAACCUUCAUCAAGCUAUAAAAGAUAGAAACUAUACGAAAGUUGAAGAAAUUUUAUCAGAAAAUCAAAAUUUGAGGCAUUUUUACAGCUUGUCCAAUGAAUCAGCACUGAAAGUUGCAUUAGAUCAUAAAUCUGUCGAUAUAUUUAAAGCACUAGUCAAGAACAAAGUCUCAUUUGGUCCUCAUGAAAACAGUGAUGACAUUUAUGAAGAAUAUAAUCAUGAGGAACGGAAGCAUUUAAGAGAAAUUCAAUAUAAGUACAAAAAGGCAGUGCCUGACAAGCACAUAAGAGUGCUGAUAAAUAAUUCAUACUUAAGUUACAAUACAGAGAAUGAUAAAGACAAAUUUGAGGUUAUCAAUAAAGCCUACAUGACCCUAAAUGAGAAUCCAUUCAUUAAAAUAAUCCUCAUGGUCAUCGCAGCUUCCAAAAAAUUCUCAAUAAUCUUUGACUUCAAGAACAACAGCUUGAUCCACGCAGAUCCAACAGUCGACUCAUACUCUCAAAGUGUAUAUUAUGUGUCUGGUAGAAUUUACAUUGCAGCUAAGCAGCUACUGGAACCAGCGACAGAGAGGGAAAUCCUUGGUGCUAUAGCUCAUGAAUUCUGUCAUUUUGCACUGUAUCUGGUCUACAAUAAUGACGCAAAUCCAUACUUUGAGGAUGAUCAGCAAGCUAGGGAAACAUUUACAGAAAUUUCAAAAAUUUGCUACGAAAAUCGAAAGGAAGAAGAUGUUGUGAGUCAUGUCUACGACUGCUUUUCAGAAGAUAGACAGCAUGCUGAACUUACUGUCAGAAUUCCAUUCUUCUAUGCAUUUUAUCAGCUACAGCCUGAAAAGUUGAAAGAACUUAAGAAAAUCUUUAAUAGAUUAUUUGAUUAUUUUGAAAUGACGAUAGUUCCAAAAAUGAAGGAAUCGCUUCCCGAGAUUGAAAAUCGAGCUGAAACGGAAAUGGAAGUUAAGGAGCUGAAAAUUGGUCAGUUAAGAAAGCUGUUCUUUUUUACAUUAGUUGUAUCUACUGUUAUUAUUGUUUUGAUGGUGUUUAUUAAGAGGUGCUGAAGAUAAUUUUGUUGAUUUUCUUAUGGUCUAGAUCAGUGUUGUCCAAGCUGUGUGCUGCGGCACACUAAUGUGUCCAUGCUGGUCCCGACUUAAGUCAUGACUUACCCCUUAGGUGUGUCGUGGCUCAAAAUGUUCGAACAACCAGGGUUGCGAUACAGGCACCUGUGUACAGAAGAGAACCGUACAGUUCCUUGAUAAUUUAUAAGGUUUU